GGGCUGGGGCUGCAGAGCGGAGCCUGGACUGGCAGGUACUGCCUCGCAGCUCCCUCCGCAGGCGCUCGGGCUCCGCGCCCCCGGACGCACCGAGCGGGGCAGAGCCGCAGCCCGGGUCCACGCCGCCGGGACCCUCGCCGCCAGCGCCUCCGCUGCACCCAUGGGGACCCGGAGACUUUAGACGAGUUUGGGGGUUCGGGAGCAGGGAAACCACUGAUCCCCGCGCCCGGCCCCCGCCUCGCUGCCGCCUCAUUGAUGGGCAACCAACUGGACCGCAUCACGCACCUCAGCUACAGCGAGCUGCCCACUGGGGACCCGUCGGGGGUCGAGAAGGACGAGCUGCGGGUCGGGGUCGCCUACUUCUUCUCGGAUGAGGAGGAGGACCUGGACGAGCGCGGCCAGCCCGACAAGUUCGGGGUGAAGGCGCCCCCGGGCUGCGCGCCCUGCCCCGACAGCCCGGGCCGCCUGCUGCGCCAGCUGGUGCUGCACGACGCGCCGCUGUCGGCCUUCCGCGGCCAGGAAUGCAUCUUCUCGGCCCCGGGGCCGACGGGGGACGCGGACGGGGACGGGGAGCCGGCCGUGUGCGCCGCGUCCGCGCUGCCCGCGCUCUGCGAGCCAGGGGACCUGCUGGAGCUGCUGUGGCUGCGGCCCGAGCCCGAGCUGGAGCCCGCCCCGCACUGGGCGGUGUACGUGGGCGGCGGGCGAGUCAUCCACCUGCUGCGGGGCGAGAUCCGCCAGGACAGCCUGCAGCAGGCGGGCGCCGCGCCGCUGGGCCGCGUGGUCACUAGCUGGUACCGCUUCCGCCCGCUGCCCGCCGCGCUGGUGCUGCAGAACGCCCGCGGGCACCUGGGGCUCAAGCGGGAGGAGAUCUGCUGGCCCAGCUCCGAGAGCUUCGCCGCCUGGUGCCGCUUCGGCAAGCGUGAGUUCAAGGCGGGCGGCGAGGCUCUGGGCGCGCAGCCCCCGCAGUACUGCCUGCAGGUGCACCUGGGUGGCGGGAAGGUGCACACCGCGCGCUUCCCGCGUCUGGAGGACCUCAUUCGCGAGAAGCACCGCAUCCACGCUGCCGGCCGCCUGCGGGGGCUGAGGGAGCUGGCCGGCCUGGACCUGGACGACAAGGAGUGACCAUCGCGGGGGCUGGCCGGCCUGGACCUGGACAAGGAGUGACCAUCA